GUGCAUGCGACAACAUCCAGCAUCAUUCUACCUCCACCUCACCCACCGUGACUCCGGAAAAUAGUUACACUCGUUUACUUUUCUAUUGAAUUUCCGGCAACAGUGGGGGUUUGUGGUGUUACCAAGUCCUUACUGAUCCAUCAAAUUGUCGACUUCUGAGCCUGCAGCGGAUGCCUUUGCAUCUCUACCCGGCCUCACAUCAAUGGGUUCAUGACUGAGAAACAGGCGCGGCGUCCUCCCGUGGCGCCCAAACCCUCAUUCAUUCAGCGAGAUGCCUCGACCUUGAAGAUCUCUCCUGCACCAUCUCCAGCCCUGCAGGGUGCAACUUUGGCUUUUGCUCCCGCUCCAGUAAAAGUGUUGAAUGCAGCCUCACAUAAUCCAGCUGCAGGAGCAUUGCUUGCUGCAGCCGUCGCAGCUAGCAAGAAGCGGCAGCCCUCUCCACCGUCUGGAAAAACACGCUCAGUUUCGCAAAAUGCCACUUCAUCGCAAGCAUCGUCUUCCGCCCCUCGCGGCCGUACCUUAACCAGUCCGAAAGUACCUGUGACUGCGGCCAAAGUCUCCUCCUCAUCCCCUCCCGCGCCUGCUUUCAGACCGCAUGUACCUCGCUCUACCUCUGCUGUGGCGGCUGUCGCAGCAUCGGCGACUGCUUCUGCAAAGACUAGCCCUGCCCGCAGGCCAGAAAUACGCAGGACAACUCACUAUCUAGGCCCACCAGAAAUUCGUUCAGCGGGCAGAACACGGGCUAGCAGCACAAGUAGCAAUACUGAAAGUCUGGCUUCACUUUCCAAAAGUCCAGAUGCACUCGCUGGUGCACUCGCUUCCAUGGCGCUAGCCCCAACACAAGUCCAGAGCGGACUCGUUGAUAAGCAUCGGAACGAGCUGGGUACUAUACCUCAGUUGACAGCCCAGUCAUCGCAAAACUCUACACCCUCGCUUCCCUCUCCGUCUGUCACAGCUGCUGCGGCUACAGCUACUAGGAAUGCUGCAGCUCUGGAGGCGAGAAACAGAACACAAUCCGUAUCUGGUCGGAGUGUUCGGCAUGAAGUGCCCGGUGAUAUUGCUCCGUCGGCUCGUUCGUUCACGGAGUCAAAUUGGCCGCAGGCGAAGUUGUCUCCUCCGCAACCUGAUCCUGAGAGUGAUGACGCCCGGACCAACCAUGAGCCACCUCGCAGGAUCCUUCCAGCACCUCUUCCUGUACGACCCAGUGCAGCGGCAAUGGUCGCACAAGGCACGGGUCCUUCAAGUCAAGCUUCUCCUGUCCUGGAUGCUCGAACUAAAAUGACUGCGAGCUCACUUGCUGAUGCCAUGGUGGCUUCGUCUGUAGCCUCACAGCGUACAGGCUCGCGGGUAUCAUCACCAAAGUCGAGGCCCCCACCUCCUAUACCCCGGCGAAGAUCGAAGUCCGUCGGUCCUGUAGAUGGUAUUCGUCAUCAUCUGCAUUUUCCUGGCCUCAGGAGUGAGACGCCUCAACCACCCCAGCCACUGAAGCCGCUCCCCGCCCGGCCUAUGAGGCACACAUUACGGCGUCAAUUAUCAGAUCAUGACGAGCACGUCGAAGUCCAUCACAAGCGCGGCCGAGGCCAUUGGACUCGACAUCCAAAUAAGCACCACGAAGGUGAUCGUAAGCGGUGGCGAGACAAGGUAACAGAACGCGAAAGGAAAAGGUAUGAAGGUGUCUGGGCAGCCAACAGGGGAGUUCUUGUCGACCUGGAUCCUGACAUCGCGAUAUCUGGGUACAACAAGGAUGGUACACCCAUAAGUGAUCUGGUGGUCAACGUUGUAGUCCGAGAUAUAUGGGAGCGGAGUCGCUUGCCUAGGGAUGUUCUGGAAGAAGUCUGGGACCUUGUGGCACGACCUGGAGAGAAGGCGCUGAAUAGGGAGGAGUUUGUGGUUGGAUUAUGGCUAAUUGAUCAGAGACUGAAAGGCAGGAAGCUGCCUGUAAGGGUCUCACCAAGUGUCUGGUCCAGUGUGAGGCAUCCUCAGGGUGUGAAAAUAUCAAAUAGGGCCCUGCAGAAGUAGACUAUAAUGUAUUCAUAUGUCAUACAAGAUGUCUGAAU